CAGAUCUGUUGUCAUUUUUCCCUUUUUGGCAGCAACAGCAGCAAAAAAGCAAGCUUCGCCAGAGGAAAACUCAAAAUAUUUCCCCAGUUUCAUUUCCAUCUUGCUCGUGAAUAAUCAGAGAAAAGUGGCUUCAAAGUGAACGGUUUUGUUGUGCGAAAUUUCCUCUUGGACGUCUUGCUAAAACUUAGCGAGCGAAACGAAGUGAAAAUAUCGAACGAAAGGAAAGUUUUACUUCGGCACCACAACAAACAAACAUCAAAAGGAAAGAAGUCCUGAAAACGACUCCCGGAGCCAUUAUCGAGCGAUUGCAACCGAGGUAAAGCUGGAACGAUCAAGUGUAGUGCAGCAAAUGGCCACAGUCAAUCUGAACGGCCAGUACCGGGAUGGUGGUGGCGGUGGACCAUCCGGAUGCGGCCCGUCUACAUCUUCUUCGGCAAUGGCCUCUCAGUACCCGAUCCAGGGCAAGAAGGAUCAAUGGAUCAAGCUGAACGUCGGCGGAACCUGCUUUCUGACUACCAAAACCACACUGUCCCGGGAUCCAAACUCGUUUCUGUCCCGGCUGAUCCAGGAGGACAGCGAUCUCAUUUCCGAUCGGGAUGAAACGGGAGCUUAUCUAAUCGAUCGUGACCCACGAUACUUUGCGCCUGUGCUGAAUUAUCUGCGACAUGGCAAGCUGGUGCUAGACGACGGUCUGUCCGAGGAGGGUGUCCUCGAGGAAGCUGAGUUCUACAAUGUGACGCAUCUGAUUGGACUGCUGAAGGACAGCAUUGCUCGGAGAGAACAGCGACCAGCAGCGGACAAAAAACGGGUAUACCGUGUUUUGCAGUGCCAGGAGAACGAACUGACACAGAUGGUAUCUACCAUGUCCGAUGGGUGGCGCUUCGAGCAGCUCAUCAACAUCGGUACGUCGUACAACUAUGGUGCCGAAGAGAACGCAGAAUUCCUUUGUGUGGUUUCGAAAGAGUGCGCCAACACACUGAUUGGCCGCGAGAACGAAUCCAACGACCGGGCCAAGGUGUUGCAGCAGAAGGGUUCUCGAAUGUAAUUGGGUAAGAAAGAGAGAGAGUGUUCAGCAAAGGAGAUUUAUUAACUUAAAUCCUUAUACAAUAUUUAACUAGCGACGAGAUCAAAUGUAGCAUUCGACGAGACAUUUUCAGAAAUCGCAACUAGAUUGUGUUGCUGCGUUGCUAUCAAAGUUGAUGUCCUUUGAUUCAAAUGAGUUCUUGCAAUUGAGCAACCAGAUAUAGGAUCAUUACUUUUUUUUCGGGCAAUGUUCGAUUGAAUUUCUGAAUGGAACAGGACAUAUUUUUAGGGCACUUUUUUGUAUUACUUUAUUCAGUUUUUUAUUACCAGUAAUUUUAACCCUUCGCAUGUUAUGCAGUGUGCAUUACUGUACCUAUUAUUUUAUUAAAAUGAAUGGUUUCUACUCUAUUCUCAAGCACCUUAAAGCAUAUGCAGGACUGAUAGUAGGUAUUUUCCAGAGACUUUGAACGUCUCCAUUUCUAAUGGUAGGUUUCAUUAAAAAUGGUCUCUAAAGGCUACUUUUUUUCUCCUUGAGUGAAUUCUGGCGUAAUAUUCUUGAAGCUCCAGGAAAAUUUUCAGUGAUUCAUACGCGACUACUCAGACUCGUAGCACAAAAACUCCAGGUUUGUUCCAGAGUUUUCGAAGAAAUUUCCUGGAAUGUUUCCUGGAAACCCCACAAGAAUUCUUCAAGGACGCCUAGGGAUUCCUCAUUAAGUUCCUCCGAACAUUCUUCUACGAAUUUUUCCAACAUUUCAUCCAUUUCUUCAAACAUUGAAAAAAAAAAACAAUGUGUAAAAUUCACUGGACAGACUGUAGACACUCAGUCGCUACCAGCCCUGCAUAUAGAGCGUUUGAGUAACUAUAUUACAAUUAUUUCAUGUUAUUCGGUUCGGUUUCAAAUCCUUCAACACUCAACGUUUUUUCAAUGCCUUAUUAAUAUGCACAUGCAUACCGAUAAUAGAAAAUAUCAUUCGGUCUCACGAAAGACGAUAUCCCAAAAUGAAGGCUUCGAGGUAAAGAAAGAUUUGUUUUCCCACCGAACAUGAGAAUCGAAAGAAAUGGAGAACUUUCAACUCGCAAUGUUAGAAACCAAGCUCCUCAAUCCUCAAGUUUCGCAACUGCGAUUAUUGGGGUUUGAAAACGCACAGAUAACUUUUGCUCCUCAUUCUGUUUCGCUUAAAAAAAUAAUGAGUUCCCAAGCUCCCACAUUUGAACAUUCAUCAAACGAAUCCAUACCGUUUAGUUAAAUUGCAACGUGACAGUUGUUCUAGCAUAAGGUAUACUUUAAACGGAUAACCAAAAGAAAUGAGUGCGUCGUUUCUUUCUCACGUUCUUACACACCGACAAAUUGUGUUCUGCAAACAACUCGUAAUCGCUGGCUACAUUACGUUCAAGAUGAAUCAUCGAACUAAAACUAGCAUUAUUGUGUUAUAGAUUCAUAACGUUUGCGUUUUAAUGUUACAAAUUAUCGUUGACUUUUAGUUCUUUUGUCGCAACUACGUUAAUCAUAGAAGCAAAACCAAAUUGUAGUGCGAAUUUAAAUUUUGAUCACACAAUCUUCGGAUCCACGUAAUGUGCACUGAGUUUUUUACAUACCAAAAGUGUUUCGGUUGAAAUGAGUGUGCACGUUCAGAUUUGGCAUCGCAAAUUUAGAAGAAAAAAAUGAGGUCCCACUAAAGUAAUAUAAAAUUGAGCACUAAAACUAAACAAUGAUUGUGUAUGAUUCCCGGAUAGGAGAGUCAAACAGUUAUCAAUACAGGUCAAUGUUGUUGUAAGGCAGAACGGAGGUAAUUUGGACGGAAGAGAAAUAUAAUUUAAUACAACAUA